CCGUCCGAGGGCUACAAGGACCAAUGGUCAAAGAGAAGAAGAGCCGAUCCCACGUCGGAUACACGACAGGCCGACCGUUCGAGGAAGGUGUCGAUAAUGAGCAUGAUUGCUAUCAUGACUUUUAUGGUAGAAAGAGAGUCUGUGACAAGAUGAUUUGGAUGAUAGACAAGGGAGAGACAAUUACCGCAGAGACCAACAAACGACGAUCGAUCUACUGGACGUCUGAGGAAGGCGACGACAGAACUUAUACGCUGGAACUUUAUGAGAGCACCGCGGAUUCUGAGCCUGAAUUUCAGACUCACAAGUCGGUCAUCCAAGUCGGCACCGUGAUCUCUGACCUGUCCAAUGUCGACUACAACGUCUUUGAGAACAAGAUAGGAAAGAACGGCAAGCGAACAUACAAGGUCGACUUCGAGCUCAUGACGAUCGUCGAGGACCAGCUUGGGUAUAUGCACUUCAGGGUGGUAGUCCAGGGUAAGGUGGUCGGCCAGGCGCGGCUGAGCAUAGAGAAAGAGUCCGAGAAACAGGACCAGCUGUCUGAUUUCCUCACAAAUUUGUCGCUUCAGCAGAACGGGUCUAGAAAGUAAAUGGCAGUGGUUAAUAGAGUGAGGCGGCGGACGGACUCUUUGAUAUUCGCUCAGACUGUACUGUACAAUAUGCAAUACUCAUACAAGAUUCGCCUGGUG